CUCACCCCAAUUGUACAUAGCGCCAGUGAAAAUUGGAAAUUUUUGGGACUAUGGGAAGCGAAAGUUCAGAUAUCCAUUGGGAGGAUUUCCCCCUCACUGAUGAAGACCUUCGAGCCAUUGAUUCCGCGAUUAGCUCAGCCGCGGCUCCAAAGCGCCACCUUCUCUGUCCCGGCGACCAACAAGGCCGCUCCGUUGCCUCUCCUCCCAAAACUCGCCGCCGAUUGCCCGAUUCUCUAUUCGUUUUCCAAAAUAAUAAUAGUUCAACCUUCUCCUUUUCAAAUCAUGAGAGAACUAAUCGCUGCCUCUCUACUUUUCAAGACAUAAAAUAUGGAGGCCGUAUUAUAUAUAGUAGAACAGUAGAAGAGGUGGAAAAAGCUGCAGAAGAGCUUCUAGAUUUUGUGGAAACUAAGAAAAGAAAGGAUGGCGAGUGCAUCCUUGGUCUUGAUAUUGAGUGGAAGCCGACAUUCACAAGAGGUGUUGCCCUUGGGAAAGCUGCAGUUAUGCAGAUAUGUGGAGACAAUAGUUGUUGUUAUGUGUUGCACAUUUUUCACUCUGGCAUUCCUAAAAAUUUGCGAACUUUGCUCGAGGACUACUCUUCUUUGAAGGUGGGUGUGUGUAUUGCAAAUGAUGCAGCUAAGGUCCAUCAUGAUUAUAAUACAUUAAUUAAUAACUUAGAAGAUCUUUCCGAUCUAGCCAAUCAAAAGCUUGGUGGGGAACCCAAGAAGUGGAGUCUAUCAUCGCUAACUGAGAUGCUCAUUUGCAGACAGGCAUUGGGACAAAUAUGA